AUGGCCUUCCGUAUCCCCUUCGCUCAGUCCUUCUGGCAGGAAUACCUGUCCGGCCAGGAAGCCAACCUGCCUCGUCUUCCCGAAGUCCAGCAAGUCACCGAGAGAGUGAUGCGCAUUCUCGGAGGCAAUCCCGGGCGCAUGCAGCUGCAAGGGACCAACACGUACCUCGUGGGGACGGGCAAAUUCCGAAUUCUCAUUGACACCAGCCAGGGUGAAGCAAGCUGGAUUCAAGCUCUCACGGAACAACUAGAAUCCAACGGUCUAGAAAUCUCCCACGUCCUGCUCACUCAUUGGCACGGCGAUCAUACCGGCGGAGUCCCCGACCUCAUCAGCUACAACCCCGAACUGUCCUCUAGAGUAUACAAAAACACCCCCGAUCUCGGCCAACAAGCCAUCCACGAUGGCCAAAAGUUCCAAGUAGAGGGCGCAACUAUCCGCGCUGUCUUUACUCCCGGCCACGCCUUUGACCACAUGUGCUUCCUCUUGGAGGAAGAAAACGCCCUCUUCACCGGGGACAAUGUGUUGGGACACGGUUACUCCGUCGUGGAAGAUUUAGGGACGUAUAUGACCAGCCUGUCACGCAUGGCGGACCUCAAUUGCGCGCUUGGAUACCCAGCGCAUGGAACACGCAUCGAGGAUCUUCCGGCUAAGAUGAAGGAAUAUAUUCAGCAUAAAGAGUCGAGGAUGCGGCAGGUACUGGCCGCGUUGGAGAGAAGUCGGGCGAGGAUGGCAGCGACCGGGGGAGGGCGUCGUGCCGGCGCUUUAACGUUUCCGGAGCUUAUUAACUCUAUGUAUGGAGGAAUUCCGGAUGAGGUUGAGCAGGCUUUGACGCCGUUCUUGAGUCAGGUUUUGUGGAAGUUGGCGGAGGACCGGAAGGUUGGGUUUGAGGGAGAGCCGAAUCAGAGACGGUGGUUUGCAGUGGGGCAGCCAGCUGCAGCUGCGGUGAGGUUGUAG